AUGGAUCCCCGAAGUCUGAGGAAGUCUUCUACCAAGUCUUCUGGAGUCAAUCCGUCCGACACGGAAGGCAGACUGUCACCUGUGCAAGAUGUCGAGGGCUCAUCUAGCGACCAGGAUGAGGUCCCAGAACUCCAGAAAUCGGCGAGCAUUGAGAAGAAAGAAACAAAUGCUGGGAGUGUUUAUUGGAACCACCCGUUUAACCGGGGCGCUGAGCAAGAUCCAUCCAUGCGUAUAGAAGGCCGCCGUCCUUCCGAUGCUCGUCGAAAGAUGUCAACCGCCGCACGGCGAGCGUCAAAUGCCGCCAGACGAGCCUCUACUGCAAUCGUCGAGACAGCCUACAAGUUGGAUCCUCUGACAGUAACAACCGGCAAUCCGCUCAACCUUGGUGUAAAUGAGAUCCGGCGGGUGUCUUCGGUGGGAUAUACCGCCCCAGGCCAAUUCAACGCACGGCGGUUCUCCACGCUGGCUCCAAGCAUCGAGUCGAUCGAGAAACCAGCGCCUUCUCUGUCGACACAUUCGUCAGUCACGGUACCCUAUGUGCGACAGGGCAUGAGCGAAAAGCAAGAGGACUACAUCAUCCAGAGACUUGCUGCUCAUGACGACGUGGAAUCUCUCUCAAGGACUAAACGAUUUCUCUACAGACUUUGCCCGGUCCUUGUUGUGGUUACCAUUGCUGCGUACUGGAUAUAUUUUGCACUUCGUGUCAGAUUCACACGAGAUGCAGAGAAAGCAGCCCACAAAACAUACUGGAUGGCUUGGGCUUUCAUUCUGGUCGAACUCUUUGUCUCUAUUCCCAUGUUGCUCCACCGUCUUUGGGGCUGGCAUGUGGUUGGCCUCCGAAAGAGACCGAAGCUGCGCCUGAUUGGCGACAAUGUGCCAUCGGUUGAUGUUGUGAUUACCUGCUGUGGUGAAGACGACGAUCUGGUCCUCGACACGGCUAAGGCCGCCUGCAACAUCGACUAUCCUCGUGAAAGAUUUCGAGUCCUGGUGUGCGACGACGGCAAGUCCAAGACAUUGCAGGAGAUGAUUGAGAGGACUGCGGAGACUCAAUUUGACAACCUCUACUAUCGCUCUCGACCAAAGUACCCUGGUGUGCCACAUCAUUUCAAGGCUGGCAAUCUGAACGACGCCCUCGAAGAGACUGCAAGGCUGCCCGGUGGUGCUGCCAAUUUCUUCGCUGCCCUCGACGCGGACAUGAUUCCAAUGAGAGACUGGUUAAGAGCGCUCUUGCCGCAUAUGUUGCAAGAUCCCAAGUGCUCGAUGGCAUGCCCUCCACAGCUGUUCUACAAUGUGCCUCCCGAUGAUCCCCUUUGCCAGAGUCUGGAUACUUUCGUCCAUAUAUCGGAGCCGAUCAAGGAUUCUAUGGGCGUCGCCUGGUGCACAGGGUCCGGAUACGUCCUACGCAGAGCAGCCCUUCAAUCGAUCGGUGGCUUCCCUACUGGCUCGCUCGCCGAAGAUGUGUGCUGUUCCAGCAUGCUGCUAGGUUCUGGUUGGCAUACGGCUUUUGUUCAUGAACCCCUCCAGUUUGGUACGGUUCCAGACUCUCUGACGAGUCACUUGAAGCAGCGGACACGCUGGACGAUCGGUACUGUGCAAACUUCCUUCAAAUUGCGCUUCAGCUUGUACGGACCUCUGGUCAAGCAUAUGACAUUCCCUCAGCGGCUUUGCGGGUUUGUCUACACCGUCUCAUCCUUGUUCACAAUCUUUCUGGUUCUAUCCAUGUUCACGGCACCAAUCGUCCUGGUUUCCGGAGGAAACCUUGUCCCAUACCGGAGCAUAAACCAGCUGAAGUGGCUCAUCCGUGCCAACUUCCUCUCCUCCAUGUUGAACCGGGUCAACGAAUUUAUCUCCUAUCUUCCUUCUGGAUACCGUACCGGUCAGAGAGAUGCCAGAGCCAUGAUGUGGAUGGCACCAUUCCAUGCCAUUUCGGUCAUCCGCACUUUCUUGCUGCCUAAGUGGCUUGGAGGGAAGGUUGCCGUUUUCACGUCGUCCGGAUCACAGAAGGCUGAGCUCAACGAACGAGAUCCCCAUCUUCGAGCACCGUUGUGGCGACGCCUGAAAGUGACCAUCUGGGAUUGCCAAUGCUACCUGCACCUUAUUUACAUCAUGUUUGCCAUUGCUGCCGUUGCGGUCAGUAUGUACUGGAAUCUCACUGACGACAAGAACAACACCACUAAGAAGACGCUGAUAUCUUUGUUGACGCACGCAUACUGGCCUCCUAUCAUCUGGUUGAGCUGCAUCCUGUCCUGCUGGAUCCCCAUCAACUACGCGAUAUUCCCGCCCGAUUGUCCCGACAGGCAGGAUUUGCUGGUCCGCGACCCAGACACGGGCGUUGCAUACCCUUCGGAAGAGUCCAAGAAGACGAAAAUUACUUGGGCGUCUUACGCAUGGGAAGCCGAGUACACCCUUAUCACCAUUUAUGGUGUUGUGGUGUUUAUUCUCUCUUUCUGGUUUUAA